AGUGAAUCUAAGGAGCAACAUCCAUGGCAGAGAAGCCUUUAUUUCAUUAUGAUGAGGCCCGGGGUAGAAUGGAGUCUGUGCGGUGGCUAUUGGCUGCAGCUGGAGUAGAGUAUGAAGAGAAGUUUAUACACACUAAUGAAGACUUGGAGAAGUUAAGAAGUGAUGGAGUUCUGAUGUUCCAGCAAGUGCCCAUGGUGGAGGUUGAUGGGAUGAAGCUGGUGCAGACCAGAGCCAUUAUGAACUAUUUUUCCAGCAAAUACAAUCUCUAUGGAAAGGACAUGAAGGAGAGAGCCCUUAUCGAUAUGUAUUCGGAAGGGUUGGCAGAUUUGAAUGAGAUGUUUAUUCUCUACCCGUAUGACCCACCUGGGGUCAAAGAAGCAAAUAUCGCCCUGAUGAAAGAGAAAGCGACAAACCGUUACUUUCCUGCCUUUGAAAAGGUGUUUGAGAGUCAUGGACAGGACUACCUCGUUGGGAACAAGCUAAGCAAGGCUGACAUUCACCUGGUUGAAAUGAUCUACAACAUGGAAGAACUGGAUACCAACAUUUUAGCCAACUUUCCUCUACUGCAGGCUGUGGGUUCUUUUUUUUUUUUUUUUUUUUUUUUUUUAACUGCAGGCUCUGAAACCCGAAUCAGUGACAUGCCCACCAUAAAGAAGUUUCUGCAGCCUGGCAGCCAAAGGCAGCCUCCUGUUGAUGAGAAAAGUAUACAAAAAACAAGGAAGAUUUUCAAGUUUUAAUGAUGUGACAUGGAACAAGUAUUACACCUACCUGCUGACCCUGAGCAUUGUGAGACAAGAAUGAGCUUUCUCACUUGAGCAUAUUAAUGAAAUAAGGGGCUUCUAUGAUAUGGUUUAAUGAAAACUAUGUUAUCAUGGAUAUGCUGUGGAGUUGGUUUUCUAAUUGCCUGAUGUAAUGCUUUCCUGUAAUAAAAAAAUUUAGUAAAAAAUAUGGAGUAUA